AUGGACGCCGUCCAAGACUUCAACUCGUCCGACCUGGAGUUCGAUGACAACCCAAUACCUGCUGCUGCUGGCUAUCGCAGACCUGGCCAGGCUUCCAUUAACAAGAUGAUUGCAAAUACCAGGCAGGACCGCAUCUCGUCCAAGAAGACCAUCAAGCAGCUCCAGUUUCAAGCAGCCGCCCCCAGCACCCAAAAAUUCCAGGCUCUCUGGGCUUAA